AUGGCACUUCGCAGAAGUUGGACAGAGUUUUCGGUGCUAAUAUGUCGUGGCUUCGCUUCUUCUGCGCCCAGUGGAACGGCCGGCCCCUCCGCAGCGCUCACGCGCGCCUGCCACCCCCGCCCCGUCGUCGUCGAGUUCGACGUCUCGCCGGAGCAGGCGCUGCAGCGUUUCGAACUGCACCAGCAGCAGCUGUGCAUGCGCAUGCACGCGGGGGACGUGCUGAAGGAUGCAGGGCUGGAGGUGACAGCGGCGUACCUGCCUUUCUGGAUGUUUGACGUCUGCGUCUCAGUGGAGUGCAAGGGCACACUGGGCUUCCGCCCGAAAGCGGAGGGCGGCGCGGGGCCGCCGCCGGCGGACGCCCCUCUGACGUGGGUCCCCUCAGAGGAGUGGCGCCAGAUCGCGGCGCGGCAGCGGGUGGCGCACACAGAGCCGUGCAUGCAGGUGUAUGCGUCUUACAGCUGGCGCCGUGACCUCGCUAAGGCAGCCCGGCCGACCGCCGCCAUGCUGGGGGGCGCGCGGCCGCUGGAAGACGAGGAGGCGGCGUCGGGGCGCGUCGCGAUUGGCGGCGUGCGCGGCAGCGGUGACAGCGUCAGCAGCGAAAGCGGCAGCAGCAGCGGCAGCAAGAGCAGCAGCAACGGCAGCAGCACAAGCAGCACAAGCAGCAGAAGUGGGGAUGGCAACGGGGCAAGCCGCGGCAGCAGCGGCAGCAGCGGCAGCAGCAACAGCAGCAGCAGCAGCGGCGGCACCACCAGCAGUAACAAAGGCAGCAGCGGCAGCAGCAACACCAGCAACACCAGCACCAGCAGUAGCAACAAAGGCAGCCGCAGCGGCAGCAACACGAGCGGCGGCAGCGGCGGCGGGGGCGCCUCAGAGGGCGGCGGCGGCGGCUUCAGGACGGGCGGCGGCGGCGCCGCGGCGGCGGCCCUUGGGCGCGUCGAACUGCAGCAGCCUGAGAUGUCUCUGGCGAUUGCAUGGUCGUUAUGCAGCCGUGCACUGCAGCGGUCGUACGUCAAGGGGUGCGUCGAGGCGCUGAAGGAGGGCAGCGGCGCCGAGGACGUGAAGGACCUCCAGGUGCGCAUGCAGGUGCACACGCGGCGCGCGCGGCUGGCGCUGGCGCCGGCCUACCACCUGGCCUAUGCUUACGGCUCCAAGUACACCCCCAGCCGGGCUGACAUCGUGCCAGAGCAGCACGAGGCGCUGCUGUCGGGCCGCUGGGGCGGCGGUGUGUCUGCGCAGCCGCACCUGUCGCCAGGCAAGGGCGCCGCCGCCGCGGCCUCCACCGUCGGGCUGCUCUCGCUGGCGGCCUUCCAGGGUGCUGAGCUGCUGUCCGCCCCCGAGCACGCCGCCACCCUGGGGUCAGUGGCCGUCGACGCCGGCUUCUUCGCCUUCCUGGCAGCUGCCGCCGCCCACGUGGCCGUGAAGGCGGCGCGGAACCAGCACAUGGCUGACCAAGUCAGGGCGGAGCACGAGUUCUACAAGCAGUACGACAGGCGAGAGUCAGCGCCCCAGGCGCCGCCCGAUGAGCACACCCUCUGGCUCUGGUUUGACGCGGACUGGCGCAAGUGGGAGGAAGAGGACCCGUGGCACUGGGACGGCGCGGCGCGCGCGCGCUGGGCGCGGGACCUGCUGAAACAGCAGGCGCAGCGGCGGCUGGAGCGGCGGCGCUUCCUGGAGCGGCAGGAGCGGGAGAGGGAGCGCCAGGCGAGCGACGCCGAGCGCGAGGACGCGCGCCGCGCCAAGUUUGGCCCCAGCCACAACCCCUGGCAGGAGGCCGGCCCGGGCGGCGGCGGCGGCGGGCCCAGCGCGCGCAGCGGCGCGGCGGGGGGCGCGCCGCGCCGGAGGGACUUCCUGGGUUACUAUCGGCUCAUGGGGCUGGAUCCCUCUGCUGCGGACGUUGACGACGACGCAGUCAAGGCAGCGUUCAAGAAAGCGGCGCUGCAGCUGCACCCCGACCGCCACGCGAGCUCCGGCGACGCUGAGGCCGUCACGCGCGCGGCGGGGCGCUUCAUGCGGCUGCAGGCUGCGUACGAAGUGCUCAGGGACCCUCAGCGGCGGCGGCUGUACGAUAAGGGCCAGCUGUCGUCGGAGCGGUAA